AUGGCCAUGGCACUUUUCGUCUUUGUCUUCAAUACUUUUCUGGCUCGACACCUGCCGUUGAUCGAAGGUCUCGUGCUCUGCUUGCACCUCGGUGGUUUCGUGGCUAUUCUGGUACCACUGUGGGUGUUGGGACCGCGUGGUAACUCACACGAAAUUUGGACAAAGUUCGAUAAUCUCGGAGGUUGGGAUUCGACUGGUUUGUCGGUCCUGGUGGGCCUCAUUACACCCUUGACUUCUCUGCUCGGUGCCGACGCCGCAGUGCACAUGGCUGAAGAAUUGAAAGAUGCAGGCAGGAUCCUUCCUCGAGCUAUGAUCUGGACCUCAGCAAUCAACGGCGUGCUGGGCUUCACUAUGCUAGUGACCUUCUGUUACACACUUGGUGACCUCGAAGAAAUCGUUGCCACCCCCACUGGCUUCCCCUUCAUUCAGGUCUUCUACAACGCAACUGGAUCAAAAGGCGGUGCCACUGCAAUGACGCUAAUCCUCACUGUCUCAUCAACCGCAAAUGCAAUGACAAACAUGGCAACGGCAUCACGACAACUCUGGGCCUUUGCUCGCGACGGAGGAGUCCCCUUCCACAGAUGGUUCGCUACAGUUCAGCCACGAUUCGAGAUUCCUCUCAACGCAGUCGUCUUCACCGCAAUGUUCACAAUCCUCUUCUCCCUGGUCAACAUCGGCUCAACCGUGGCCUUCAAUCAAAUCUUGUCUCUCGGCCUGGGCGCACUGCUAAUCUCAUACUUCAUCUCGAUCUUCUGCGUUACCCUGAGACGAAUCCGUGGCCAACCACUUCUUCCCUCUUCUUUCCAGCUGGGCAAGUUGGGCCUUCCGAUCAACAUUCUAUCAUUAUGUUUCUUGGCAGUGGGCUGGGUGAUGAGCUUCUUUCCGGCAAUGGCUCAUCCGACACCACAAUCUAUGAAUUGGUCGAGUUUGACGUUUUCGUCGGUGAUGAUCUUGGGGGCGAUCUACUAUGUUCUCAAGGCGAGACAUCAUUAUGUGGGGCCUGUUGAGUAUGUUCAGAAAACAGUCUAA